AUGGCGAUUGACAAGGCCCUCCAACCGAAGAAACUCCUACGCUUGAACUACCCCGCCCUCUCUGCCCACUUCAUCGAGUUCAUCGGCAAAGAACCGUCCGUCGAGCACGUAAACACCAUCAACACCCAGUUGCUGGAUCUCAUCCACAGCGAGGCUUUGCCAUCCAAUGUCUACAAGAUAUGGCUUCCUAUUGCCAUGAAACACUUCCCGCAACUGCUAUCUACGGCUCUCCGUGACCCCAUUUCUCAUAACGUUCGAGCGAUCGGCAUCCAGCAGGUCGCCCGCUUUUCACGCACUUCCACUUGGAAAUCGAGCGUGUGGGACAGCUUGGGAAACGCAGAAGGAAUCAAAGAUAUCGUUGGGGGUCUGUCUAUUGUUGAGACAGCAAGUCUCCUGGGUGCCAUUGCAAAAGGCAUACACCGACAGGACGAUGAUUUGCCCGUGCUUGUUGAGCAGCUGGUCCACCUCCUACAGCAAGACAAAUCAUCUCGAUCGCUAUGGCACCACUUAGACACGCUUUUACCUUUGUGCACGGCGUCGUAUCUGGAGGAUGUGUUGUCAUCCAUUCCAGAAGCGCGGUUGACGUCUAAGCUGCUGGCCAGAAUUGCCGUGCGCCAUCCAACAUUGUUGCGACGUAUUGCUACAGGCGGUGCCACAGUGCCAAAAUAUGUCCAGAAGAGCGUAACGGAGAACUGCGUCAGAGCCAUGGUCGGCUCUUCUGUGCCAUACACACCCGUGAAGUACCAGCCCGAUACAUUGGACACACUGCCAGGUAUUGAAUUCGCUGUAGACCUGCUCCAUACGAUGCUUGUGGAUACAAUGAAGAGUGUGAACCCGUCCCGGAUCAACCCUUACAUUCAUGGAGCACUCCGCCAUGUCUGUCGUCAAAAGGCUUCCUUCCAACAUAUCUUUUAUUUGGUUAGCCAGGCACUACCGAUUAUAGCCAUUGAAACCUUCAAAGAUCUUACUGAGCUCUUGGUCACGGAGUUGAUCCGCUACUGGUCGAUUGCCAGUUUUGGGACUGCUAUUGAGACAAAAUCUCCCACGAAGGGGCUACCCCAUCGGGAACACCCAUCACGGCCGACGGUCGAUGACAAAGAAAGGUUGGAGGCUUUGUUGAUUGACGUGAUACAUCGUCGGUGUCCAGUGCAGCUAUCGCAAAUUGGUCGUGGCUCAUUACUGUUCAAGACGAUACAAACAGUUUUGGGAGGGAUCGCAGCGGAAGCGCGAUUGCCAUUCAUCAAGCUAUUCUGUCGCCACUCCUCAGAGCUUGAGAUAGACCUGGACCUUCCUCCGUCCAUAAAAGAAAAGAAAUUAUUUCCCAUAUGGCCCCACAGCAUAAUGGAUCUCCUGCCGCCGGCAGACAUCAAACAACUCUUCGACAGAAUGCUGGUAAUGCACGGAUGUACCGAGUAUCUACCUGCACUUGAUGGAGAAGGUAGCCUGUUAUCAUGGCCUGUUCAGUGUCAGCUGAAGGCUCGGUGUGAGGCUGACGUGGCGACGACGGAUGAUGAUUUCCCAACGACAAAAGCCGGGAUUUUCGAGAUGGAAAGGCGAGCAGCGAAAGACAAAGACCCUGUAAUGAGAUCGUACUGGGCGAACCAAGCUACAGAGACGGCGCUGGUCACCGGAUCAUUGGGGAUUUUCAAUGAAGUUAUGCAAUGGUCUACACGGUUUAUACGGGACAGUGUCGUGUUCCCUGGACUGGUGCAGUCUUACAUACUCGGCUCUAAGUCGUCUAAACUCUUGGGAUGUGUUGAAGCGAGGUCUACAGGUGGGACCAGAACACUGGCUGCGCUACAACAACGAACAAAAGAAGCCGAUAAAAUUCUGAUGCGCAUGCUCGAGCUAUUAAUGAAAGCAUCCAAGGAGCCACUGGACCGUGCACGAAUCGCUGGUGGCAUACUGACUUUUCUCGAAAGCGUAGUGGCGAAUCGAAUGAGAUCAUUGCGUCGGCACCGAAAGCAGCUGUCAGCAAGUGAGACGAAUCUCGCCGGCAUGAUGUUAGAUCCGUUGAUAGAAGUCCUUCUACACUAUGACAGAAAAGGAGUUGAACACAAUUGGUGGACCGGAAAGGGUCCGAUGCUGUCGGGACUGCACAUUCAACACUUUAACACCCCAACUUUUCUUUCGUUCAUGGAUCGAUUGAUCCAACGUCGUGAUGAGCUCUGGAAAUCCAAGGCAGGGGAAGAAAUGUUUGAUGAGGAAGGCUUGUUCGAUGAUGAUGACGAUGUAGUGCCUGACGAUAAGCAAGAAGAUGGGUUUCCAGUGGGCCUGACUGUGCAGCAUCUCAUACCGUCAUAUUUGGUGCCAUUUGCGGUGGAAAGACCAGAUUCUAUCCCAUAUGCUGCGACCAAGAUCAACGAUGUCCUUUUUGGUGCAGUUAAAGUGCUGAUGCGCCCUGUUAUAGACCCCGAAGAUGUAGAUGAUAUGGAGGUGGAUGAACUUGAGAGUGUCAUAACCUCAUAUGUCGGCCAUUGCAGUCGCAAAUACCAGAAUCAGCGACUUAUGCGUGUUUGGAAGCAUUAUGCGACUGUUCUCGCACCACACCCAGAACAUUUAUCCAUAUUCCGACAUUGGCUUGCCGAAGUUGCUCAAGAAUGGGGCUGGGAGAAGGUUAGCAGGAUGAUUGACUCCAUUCCAAUGCCAGAAACACCCUAUCUAGACCAACCUUUAGGAAAAGACGUGAUGAAAUGGGAUCCCUUCGGUCUUGCCGGACAGAAGACUGAGAUAACCGUACCUCUGACGGUUCUGUACUGUCGAAUGCACAGACGAAUUCCACCCACCAGUGUCAUCAUAGAGCAAAUUAUUGAAGGCUCUGGUCCUGAGCGAAUGUGGUCAUCUGAUUAUAUCAACCACGUUUCUCAAACUCUGGGCAUAGGGGGCUGCGACGCUGUUGUUCUUUCAGCAUUGCUUUUUCUCGGAACACUACCUAAACAGGCUAAACAGCCACUUCUCCCCGAGACUUUCCCAAGCUCAGAGGCUGCGCGAUGGCCCCCAAUUGCUCUCGGUAGCCGGUUUCUCUCGCUCGCAAACAAGAAUGUUUCAUAUGCGGCGGUUAGCGCAAUCCAAGCGCUCAGUGAGGGGAUCGCGUUUGUGCCAACUGAAGUACUAUACCGCUUGGUAAUGUCCUUGCUAGACAACCUGAAACCAGCAUCAGAUUCAGGAUAUCCGGUGCUCUUGAAGUGCGUCGUGGAGCUCACCAAGCUGUUUCCUUCUACUGAUAAGCCAGAGAAGGGCAUUGAUGUUAUCCUGCGUAUUAUCGAACACUUCCCCGAUGAUUCAGCCUACCACCGGCACUUGAAGUUGAUUAGCCUAGGAAAGGCUCUUCAUCCGGAUGAGGCAGUACGUCUGGUACAGUCGUUAUCAGACUUUGUCUGCGAACGGCUAAGCAGUCCGUCUGCAUUUGUGAAAAUCACGACCGUCAAGAUGGUGGCCCAACUUGUCGCAGCUGCCGAUUUCAUCCCCACUGGCAGAAGCCUGUCUAUCUUGCAAUCAAUCUAUGGUGCCUCGUCCCAAGUUGACGUGCAAACCGAAGUGAUCUCAUCGAUGCUGUCCCUUCUCGAGCGAGAUUCUGAAAAGGCCGAUGACUCCUAUUUGUUUCUCCAAAAGCUCAGUCUUUCGACUGUCAGGCCCAGCGGAGAGGAACAUAGCCCGAAAGGGACCAGGGAAGAAGGAGAAGGAAAACUCCCUGAUAUCACUGGCCUCUGCUCUCAGCGAAACCUUGAGCUUUUCACACUCACUGCAUUCCACAAGAUGCCCGAAAGCCACCGCAGCCGCUACGUCCAGGAAGUGCUACUACCGAUGAUUGAUGAAUCCAUUGCACAGCACAAUCGUUGGAUGAAAAGUUUCCUGCAUCACUUUGAGGUAUUAGAAAGUUCCAAUAUCGAUUUCGGCCCUUUUGUUCCUGACACAAUCGACUUUAUGCUCAACAUCUGGCACGACCAUCUUCCUGCAUCUUUCCUUCGCACUCAUAGCUCCUCUGUCCUGGCAUACAUCACGAGCCCUAUCUUUGAAACAAUAAACGAGCACAUCGUGAAGUCCGCAAAAGCGAGCUCCGUAGCGUAUGCGUCUGCAAUUCAGCACUGGAACGAGGUCCUCGGCUUCCAUCGCAGGGCCAACCAAUUCCACCAUCUGAACUCGCUCCUCAUGCGAGGCUUGAAGCCUGCCCUGCCAGAAACAACAGGUAUCACCGACAAGGCCAUCUGUUCGGAAUAUCAGUACCGCAUGGGAAUCGUGACCCGAAACCCAGUGACCUUCGACGCGUCCUCCAAUGGACGCAUCGUAUCUCAUAGCACCGUCAUAAACGGCCUGACAAGUCUACGGAGAGUGCGUGAUGACACGUCCACCAAUCCACACGCUCAAUACAAACGAUACCAGUUCUUCAACGAUCUGAUGUAUGAAAUCUAUUUGGACGUUGAGCGCGCGAGGGAAGAUAAGACAGACAAUGCUCUCAGUGCCAAGCUUCCGUCUACUCUACACUUGGAGACAAAGCUUCUCCCCGCGGCGCAUUUCAAUCCUCUCCAUCCGGACCCGUCGAGCUCGUUCGCGGAAAAAGUGGUCAAACUUAUUCAGCAAUGUACUGAUUCUGUGACUCUGUUCGAGUCUCACCAUAUCGACGAGAUGAUGGGGUCUGUCGCAGGGAACUUGGCUCUACCUCUUGCGUUGAAGCUUGGCGAUGGGUUGGAUGCCAACAGUACGGAGAUGCAAACUUGUCUGACAGUGAGGAUCGUGGCGAAGUUGCUGUCUAAGGUGAAACGGAGCGAGAUCCGAGCAGAUGGGAAAGUGGAGGGAAUGUUGAUGGAGUGGAAAAGGAGUGGGAAUGAAUACGUGAGUCGGAUGGCGUGGCAAAUUGAUGGAUGA